UGUGGUGAGUAACUGGUGCAACACAUGCACAGCUGUUCUACACAGUCGUGCUGUCAUGUUAUAGAUAAAUCAGCUCAAUAUUUUCUUCUUUUCAAGUAUGUUUAUCUAUUGGGACAUGACAUUACAGAUGCAAAAGUUUGUUUAGGAGGCUACAUUAAACCAAGUAAACAAUAUAUAUAAUUAUAAUAAAGCGCUGGUACCUCAGAGGUCCAGCUGAGAUGUUUUGUGUAUGUAAAAUCAGAGAAGACAAAUGUGAGGAGGCAAAUAGUGAUUGGCCAGAAUGAGAUGAUGUAUGAUAGUAGCGCUUCACACAGGUGUGAUUGUUCUGUUUGUUGGGAGUUGGGAAGGAGCUGUUAGGGUAGUUCUGCACUGGACUGCAGACAUGCAAAUUGGCAUUUACCCUCUGCUCUUUACAGAGACCCUUGAUGAGGCGAAAAAACGAGAGACAAAAUAUAACACCACAAUGUGUCCAACAUCUGAAAUUGAAUCUCAUGAUGAAGGAGCUAUCCGCCAAAAAAGAAUAUCCAGGCCAAAUCAGCAGUUUAUGCAUUCUGAUUCUGAAGACCAUCAGAGUAGCAGUGCAAAAAGAAAGCGUUUUGCCAAACCACCUGAUGUUGGAUGUCCAGUAGAUCUUGUUGCUAGCAACUACCAACAAUCACUAGCUGAUGAAGUUCUUAAUGCUGAGAUGCCAGGUUUUGCUACAGCCCACUGUGUCCAGUACCACAAGUUGCAGAAUCCACAGCGACAAAGUACAAGUAUUGGGUUGUCUGGAUGCAGCUCAAGGCAGUAUAACCAUCGCCCUGGUCUCUCACAAUGUGCACAAAAUAGGCUGCCAUUGGAUAUAUCACAGACAAACUCCGACCUGAAUGAUGUAUUGGAUUCAGCGCCUAAUCAAGGUUUCGAAGAUGCAACCACACAAAGGGCCAGCAAUAAUGGGCAGCUUUUGAGAGACCUCGCUAUCCAUAAGAUGACAUCGAUGCUUGCUGAAGCUCUUGUGAUUGUGAAGGAUCUAUCCAGAGAUGUCCAAUUCAUUAAGAACAAUUUGGCUCAGAGUAACAUUACACCAGGUAGCACACAAGGACCAGCAAACCUUGUACUCCCCUUCCAGCUGCCAAUUGAAAGUGAAGAAGAUUUCAGUAAAGCAGAGUCAUUACUGAUUGAAGAGACAGUGCGUCAAAAGAUGAUUGCUCGACUGGCUCUAGUAGGAGGCACCAAUUCAGCCAACAUGAUAAGAAGAAUGUUGACAACUUGUAUGAGAAAUGCCCUGGCAAGUCAGUUCAACUGGGCUGGGAAGAAACAUAGGCAUUCCCAGAGUAAAAAGCCAUUCAAGGACACAAUCCUGCAAGAGUGCAUAUUAGUUGCUGCUCGUCAAUUCGAACCAGGCCUAACUGAUCAAAAUUACAGCGAAACAGUAAAGAAAUGGUUUCGCUAUGCACCAGACCGGGAGGGAGGCAUUGAAAGGCAACCAAAGAGACGGCCAGAAGACUGAAAUUAAAUAAAAUAUUUAAGCACUGCCAUGGUAUUUUUAUGUGGUUUAUUUCAGGAUGAUGGUUAUGAUGGUUGAAUAAACAUUGAUUGAAUGCAGAAUCAACACAAAUGUGCGUGCAGAACCACGUUCAGAUGAAGGUUGAAUCAACGUUGAUUCCUAACCUAUUCAAUGUAGAAUCAACCGAAAUAUGUGUGCAGAACCACAGUCGAAUGACUGUUGAAUCAACAUUGAUUCAAUGUAGAAUCAACCGAAAUCCGGAUGCAGAUCCACGUUCAGAUGAGUGUUGAAUCAACAUUGAUUAAACGUAGAAUCAACCGACAUAUGUGUGCAGAACCACAGUCAGAUGACUGUCGAAGCAACAUUGAUUCAAUGUAGAA